AUGGACGAUUUCCUCCUCGAUCCGGUUUGCUCAGUCAGUAACGGCCCCCGCGGCCCGAAGGGCCAGCAGAUCGCAGUCGCGUCGUACAUCAGCCCCCUUGCCGACCCAGAUGCCUGGACGCGCCUGAUCGGGUAUCCAAAGGAAAAGGUGCCCAUUUUGGUAGCAAAUGUGGUUAAUGGGCCGGAUGUCACCGUGGAUGAGCCUUGGAAGAAGGUCAUCGACGCAGCAUCUGCUUCUGGCAAGACCGUCAUUGGCUACGUCCGUACCGGAUACCUUGGCCUCAGUCAGCAGCAGUUCACGACACGGCUGGGAUCGCUUGAUUUGGCGGAUUGGACGGCUCAGAUUGAGCGAGAUGUCGAUGCAUGGUAUGAGCUUUACGGCUCUAGCAUUGGGGGCAUCUUCUUUGACGAGGGUUGGCCGGAAUGUGGGCCGGACAACGUUUAUGCGAAUCUGUACAAAUAUAUCAACGACUACACCAAGCGCGCCCACCCUGGCGCGUUCACAGUUUUGAACCCUGGGUCGCCUAUGGCUCAUUGCUACGAAGACACCAUGGACACAUUGUUGACUUUCGAGCUGAGUUAUGAGGCGUACACUCAAUCCUAUGUGCCCAAUGAUUGGGUGGCGAAGGACCCCCGGAAGAUCUGGCAUAUCAUCUACAACGUGCCGGAAUCUGGGAUCGAAGAGGUGGCUAAGCUGGCUCACGAGCGUGGAGCUGGUCUCAUUCAAAUUACCGACGAUAUCAUGCCUAACCCGUACGACAACCUGCCCAAUGACUCUUACAUGCAGCGUCACAUGAAUGCCGUCGAGGGCGGUGUUCCGUUGAAUGAAGGUGCAUCAGCAUGGAAAGGCAGCGCUCCAGGGGCUGUGUCUGGACUUUCAAUCACAAGAGCGGACUAUAGCUCCGCCCACAUGACCUGGGACAAGGCUUCAGAUGCUCUCGGAUACCACGUGUUUCUGAAAAAGGGGGGCAGUUUCGCGGUCUUUGCAAGCAUUCCGAGCACAAUGACUUCGAUUACUGUUGGAGGGCUGAGUCCAGGAUCUACGAAUGACUUCUACGUAGCUGCCGUAGGGGGCGAUGGCCACCUAGGGAUGCCUUCGAAUACCGCUUCCAUCGCCACCAAUCCCUUGCCGGGCGGCGUAACUGUCACCAACUACAGUUCCUCUCCACUGCCAGGAUCGACCACCUACACAGCUAACAUCCUUGUUCCAUAUGCCUUCAUCCGCCUCUAUAUCUGGGAUUCCGUGUCGUGUGAUUUCGACGAGAACCAGGGAUGGACCGUCAACUUCAAGGUUGACGCAUACGUCUGUACCCACUAUUUUGUAGAAGGUACUACUUUGUACAAAUACAGUGGCACGGUUCCUAAAGGGUCUACAGCCGCACCAUGGUCGUGGUCGGUGGUCGGUCCCGUCGAUCUCGUUGUGGAUCGCUACACUUAUAAAUGGACUUUGCCCAUUGGAACUUCGACUCUCGAUACAAGUAAAUUUGUCGUUCAGGCGCAAGGCUACGGGCCCUUCAUCAACGCCUUUUCGCCUAAGCCAGAUGACUAUGACUGUUCAGGAUCCGCAUUGUGCGGCUCUGCGCCCAACUUCUUGAAGUACUGCGACCACGCUGCCAACGUCUUGACCCGAAGAGACGAUUUCUUCUACAGGGACGACGACAAGGGCCUGACUGGAAACUGCUGGAGUAACCAAUACCAGGGUUGUGGCAUUUUCAUACAAGGGGAUGGUAGUUGCAAAAUCAGCGGCAAUGACCUGUGGUGGGCAUAUCAGAACAUUCGCAAUAUCGGAGGCUGUCAAAAGUGUGGAACGUGGCACAGGGCCGACGGCUGCAAUGUCAAAAUCGACUACGUCUCUGAGUGCGCUAAUCAUUCGUAA